CCGAAUGGCGCACAGAAGUGGCGACGUUGCGACAUUGUUAGACUGUUGGGAGUGUAUUAAACAAAAAGGCCAUCUUAGUAGACAGCAACUGGACGUUUUGACUGCGAGAGUUGAGAAUGAAGUGUCUGGUAAUGAUAUUUGUGCUGUGAAGCUGUCGGCUAUCACUCAACUGUUCAAAUCGGCGACGAGAGUUGAUGGUUUGGGAAUGAGGAGUUCGUGUUGCUAUCUUUUAGUGAAUACUCCUCUUGUUGAAUGUUUGUUGGGGUGUAUAUCAAGCAAUAGCAAGUUGAUCGCUUUCUUGGCUUGUAAGGCAUUUGUUGCUGUGGUCACUAGCAAUGUGAUGGAAGACUCCGCUAGAUGCCAAUGGGGUGAUAGUUUAUGUCAGAAGAUUAUUGAAUCUCCGGCAUUGUUGCAGAGGUCUCCAUCAUAUGACUGCAAGACAAUGGUGUUUGGAUUGGAAUCACUCAGACUUUUAGUGAAACAUUGGAGAGUUGCUAUGACAGACAGAAAGGAAACUUCUGAGCCAAUGCAAGGUAGCUUCAUAGCUGGAUGUAUCCAAAGUCGUUUUCUUCCAUUGAUAGACGUCGCGUUUGAAGUACACUUACAAUUAUCCAGCAUACGUAGUAUCCCACAAUGUGUGUAUCUUGCCGUCUGUGAUGACGUUGGGUCGUUCUUGGCUUUCCACAGAGAAACACUUCUCUUUACCGCUCCCGUCUGUCUCAAUAAUGCAACCACAUUUCCAUCUGGAUCCCACACUGAUGUGUCAGCAUUAGCACACCUCAGAGAGACAAGCAUGGCAUUGAUUCCAAGAUGGGUUAGCCUACUAGAUAAUGCUAGUUAUCCAAGUCGAGUAAAACGACAAAUACUGGAACUCGUUUCGUGUUCACUGCCGACCGAAUUGCUGUGCUCUUCGAUUCCUAUUUCAUCCUCGCUGGCUGAUGUUGUACGAUACUGUCUGCAGUCGGACAGUUACAGCGAGUUUUGUUCACUUGUUUUGCAAGGUGUGCAGUUGUUGGUGUCGCGUGAGAGUUCCGAUAUCUCGUCGUUUGUGGUCAAUGCUAUGAGAUCGGAAGACGAGUCACUCUGUGUCCAGGCAUUCAUGUUGGUGUCACUGAAGCUGGCUGUGGGAUUCUUGAAAGCUAUUGAAACAGACUUGAUUGCUGAUGACUUGUGGCAGUGUCUAAAUGACUGCAUCCUGAAACCUAUUGUACAUUCAACCAUUGGUCCACUCAGUUUCAUAGAUAUCGUAUUCUCAUUGUUUGGAUUUCAGGAUGACCUUCUAAUUGACGUUCUUUGGCUGCACAUGGAAGGCUGCAAUCAACUGAAAAAGCUCAGCAGAGUGCCAGAGGAGCUACAACAAAUAUUAACAAAUCAUAUUCCCAGAUCACAUCAUAUGUUCAGUCGUCUAGUCAAAUUUCUGCGGUUCGAUCACAGUGUCCUCCUUGACUUCCUAAUAUCUUCAGAAACUCGAUUUCUGGAUUACUUUACUCACUAUCUGAAAAUGCUCAUACAAAACUGGAAUGCUUUUCGAUCUCCUCACAGAAAGUUGGAAAUUUUGUCGCAAAGCAGAGAAGUUGAGGCAGACGCUGGAGUUAGUGAUGUUGACAGUGAAGCUACAACGAGCGACUGUGUUGACUCUGUAAUGACCGUAUUGAUUCGAUUACGUUUGGCUAUGGAGCGGCUUCAAUGUCAGGGUCUGUUUCCGUAUAACGCAGCGCCUCUUCUCGCGUUGCUCGAGCGAGUGGAAGAGUGUUACGAAAAUGAUACGGAUACCACAGAGUUAUGA